AUGAAAAAGGCUAAUAUGCUGCCAAGACUUAAGAGAUUUAAAUCGUCCAGCGAAUUUGCUUUGCAGUGGUCGCGCAAUUUGCAGGUUGAGGUCAGCCAGCCAAAGCAAUGUUCAAAGAAGGCGCCAAUGCUACAGGAGGAGUUCAUUGCAAAGUAUUGUGAAAAGACUUUUACUGACAAAACUACAUGUAUACGGCAUGAAAGAACCCAUACUGGAGAAAAACCAUUCAAAUGUAGGUAUUGUAAAAGAGGUUUUAGUGUCAAAAGUAGAUGUACGCGACAUGAAUUGAUCCACACUGGAGAAAAAUCAUUCAAAUGCAAAUAUUGUGAAAAGUGUUUUAUUGACCAGAAGAAGUGUAUUCACCAUGAAAGGACCCACACUGGAGAAGCAUUCAAAUGCCACUAUUGUGACAAAAGUUUUAGUGAGAAAUAUGACCGUAUACGACAUGAAAGGAUUCACACUGGAGAAAGACCAUUCAAAUGUCAGUAUUGUGAAAUGAGUUUUUGUGAGAAAUAUAACUGUAAACGCCAUGAAAUGAAACACACAGGAGAAAAACCAUUCAAAUGUCAGUAUUGUGAAAAGAGUUUUUUAGACAAAAAAAAGUGUAUUCAACAUGAAAGGACCCAGACUGGAGAAAAACCAUUCAAAUGCCAGUAUUGUGAAAAGAGUUUUAUUAAGAAAUGUAAAUGUAAACAACAUGAAAUGACCCACACUGGAGAAAAUCUGUUCAGAUGUCAGUAUUGUGUAAAGAGUUUUACUAACAAAAGUACAUGUAUAAAGCAUGAAAGAACUCACACUGGAGAAAAACCAUUCAGAUGCCAGUAUUGUGAAAAGAGUUUUAAGGAGAAAUAUAGCUGUAAACGGCAUGAAAAGAUUCAUACUGGAGAAAAACCAUUCAAAUGUCAGUAUUGUGAAAAGAGUUUUGGUGACCAAAGUACAUGUACACGACAUGAAAUAAUCCACAUUGGAGAAAAACCAUUCAAGUGCCAGUAUUAUGAAAACAGUUUUGAUGAUAAAAGUAACUGUGUACAACAUGAAAUGAGGAUUCACACUGGUUGUUCUCAACAGUCUUUCAAGAAGGAAUGUCAAAACGAGGAUGCAUCACAUGGAGCUAAGGUUUCUCCUCAGUCUAUCAAAGUAGAAUUUCAAGAUGAAUAUACGGCUCCAGGGACAAAGGAACAAAGGGAGUUCUAUUCUGUAGCUAUAGUAAAAAAGGAAUUUAAUGAAAACAUUGCCCAAAAAAAGAGACCAGAAAUAUAUCCUGUGGCAAUGUUUAGAAAUGUAUUUGCGGAUGCAGAUGUAUAAUGUCAAUUAAUACUUGAAUUUAAUGUGCAUGACAAACAUUCGGGUGCAACUAAUAAUAUCAAGUGAAAAAAUAAAUUAUUUUAUGACUGAAUGUCAAAAGAAAAAAAAAAU